AUGACACCACCAAUCGACCCCCUCCGCGCACGCAUCUUCUCCGAACUAAAUUUCCAACUAACGCACCCCUCGGUCCCCAAGCCCUUCCUCAACGAAUGCUCAAAACACCUCGCUUUCCUCGUGCGGUACUACGCCAACGACCCGGACUGUAAUCCGCUAAGGGUAAGUGUGCCGAUUGUUGAGGUGCCUGUAUGCGUACCUUGUGUGGGUAUGGGAGAGGAGGAACAGGAUGAAGAAGACGAGGAUGAAGAGGAUGAAGAGGAGGAGGAAGUAGAGAUAGAAAUAGGCUUGAAGAUCGCGUUAGUAGUUUUCGAGGAGAAGAAGAGGAAAAGCUCUGUACAGACUCGGAUGGAAGGAUUGCGGAAGAUGAAGAUGGAGAGGUUGUAUGGAGUGGGUAAGGUGUUGGGAGAGGAGGAGACAGAAGACGACGUAACACCAACGGUGAAGACGAAGAAUGAUGGCAAGGCUGGCGGUCCUGUUAGUAAGAUCGCCGGGCUUCGACAUUGUCUUCCUGCGUCGGCGUCUGGUACAGGAACAUCUGUUCCGUCUGCGGCUGGGAAGCCAAGGAUGCGCGUACUUAUCGAGACGACUGGUACGCUGGGGCAUUACAAGUGCUUGGUUGCUAAGCUCUGUGGCAUGGCCGAGCGUGUCGUAGCCGGACUGUUGGAAAGUGACGAGGACACGGUGCGUGCGUGCGAAGAGGUCAAGAGGAACAAAGGGAAGAAGGCGAGUGCAGUUGUGGGAAAGAGACCGGUGUGGGAUGUUGAGGCUUGUGGAGAGUGGUGUUAA